CCCCUGCCAUUCCUCAAGCUGGUCGUCUGAUUUGCCCUUCAAAGCGUCGAAGCUUUGCUCUUAUUACAUUAUCCGACCCCUAGGUUAUUCAAGUCCCGAACAGUCAGGCUCAUGCCGAAACCACGUUCACUGCGCUCGCUUGCCAUCUCCACUAAUCUCCCGAAACACAAUGCGCCUCCAACUGGCAACGGACCCCCAUCUCCUACGUUCUCGGACGCAACGAACGCUUCGGCCAUGAAUUUUGGUGAACAUGGGCCGGCGAAGAUCAUUACGAGGAUGGACCUGAAGGCUGGAAUGCAGGCAUACGAGAACUUGCUCAAUUGUUGUGCGAAUUAUCGGGCCACACUUAUAACGAUGUCGAGGGUUACUGCUGCUUUCGCAGAUGCGAUGGAGACUUGUGCAGGUCUGAAAGGUCCGACGUAUGAGCAGGCCGCACGAUUGCAGGCUGCGGGAGGCUUGCAUUUCCUGAUAGGGAACCAUUGGCACGUCUUGGCGGAUACGCUGGACAAGAACUUCGAGAAGCCCCUUCGGCAACAUCUAGAAACUUAUCGGACGAUAGUGAACGAUCGCUCUGCUGCAUACGAACGAGCACUUCGUGAGAAGAGCAAUAUCAUUCGCGACACGGAGAAGCGGAACAUGAACAGAAAGGAGAGGAAUUUGCAGAGCUUCCGAGAGGCGUUGAAUGUCCUGCAGCGUCAGGUAGACGAGCUCGACGAUUUGAAGGCACAGCAUUAUCAAGAGAUCAUCGAGCAUGAGGAAGAGGUCUGGGACGUUGUGCAGGGCAAGGCGUGCGUAGUGGUGAGGUCAACAUUGGACGUCUUCGAUCGGUUCACUGCGAAAGCUUCAGACCCUGUAAUCGAACCCAUGUUACAAUCCGUCCCAGACCCCUUCGAUUCUUACGGCCAGCCAUCGUCUGAUGAUCAAAUCUUCAGCAUACUCCCUCCAUUUUCCAUCAUGGCCAACGUACCCUCCACAUCCCCCAGCCCCAUUACUGGCACACCACAAACCGAAACUGCCGACGUUUUUUCCACCACCAGCACCUCAUGGACUCAACACACCCCUGAGUUCAACUCGCCAAAUGGCUCCCCAGGCGGCCCUUACUAUUCUGAACCCUCCUCAGACUGGGCAGAUGCGACUUCUCCACCGACUUCCCCACCGCCAUCGGGCUCAAAUUCACCAACGCCACGCUCCCCUUCACCAUCGAAAAAGCCGUCACGGCCUAUCUCUCCCAAUGGAGGGAGGCGAACGGAGAGCAAAUUGCGAAGUGUGCUUUCAAUAAUCGAUGAGGCUGCUGCCGGUGGUAGGACGGCUGGAACCUCAGCAGAUGGCGGUGGUGGAGGUAGUAGUGGGAGUAAUGGUCUAGAUACUGCGGGCGCCUCGACAGUCGCGGAGAGAAGUUCGGGAACGAGUUGGGCAUCGUUCCCGUUUGGAACGGGAACGCACUCCCAGGCUGGGACCCAACAGGAUCAUGACACCACCCCUCGAGUCUCGACGUUCUAUGAUAUUGGGCUACCACCUCCUGAGAUCCCGGAACGCAAUCGAAGUCCACAGUCUGACGAGACGGCUAUUCCUGCUUGAACGUUGAAUGUUAAACGCUCACCUCACCCCACCCCCAUUAGGCUUUUUUUCCCGCUUUCAUUCCGCGACAGCUCAGCAACUCUUUCGCUGCCUAGCCUUCCCUCGGGUAUUUCUGGUUUUCCUUCCUGCGUUCUUGGUUGUUCUCGGACCGUUCGUUUAUUGAUGUACACAGUACCCACUCACCCACCCAGCCCGUUCCGCACCGUUUUCUAUCUUACUCUUCCACCUGCCAUUCUCAUCUUUGAAUGCCACGCAUCGUCCUGCUGCUCUAGUUUGUUCUGCUUUCAUCCAUCCAACCAUCUUCUUUUCGUACUUUUCGCUACCGCUGAGACCUUCGCUCUCGCUCUUCAUACAUACACUUC